AUUUUAUAUAACAAGUCAAAUAAUUAUAAAACAAUAAGCUUAAGGCCAGCCAAUCAAACCCUUUUCUCUAUUCAUUUCCUUACAUAAGGGGAACUAGCCUAGGAUAUGAGUAACAUGACCCUUAGAGCAAAUCCAAAAAUUAUUAGCCAUUCUAUUAUUAUUAUUAUUACAAGGUCACAAUAGCAAAACAAAAAUAUGACCUUGAAAAAUAUCAUUCUAGUUGUAGUAAUAUGUUUAGUACAAAUUUUUUGUUUGAUUAUUCCCACAGUUCUAUCAACAAGUGACCAAAACAGCAGCCUAACCCAGUGGUGCGACGAAACCCCGCACCCGGGACCAUGCAAGUACUUCAUGUCUCACGGCCACCGUUUCGAGCCACCGAAACAACGGUCCGAUUUUCGAAAGAUUCUUGUUGAAAUUGCCAUUGACAGAGCCUUAGAAGCCAGACGACAUGCGUUUCAAUUAGGCCCAAAUUGCGAGAGCAAACCACAAAAGUCUGCAUGGGCCGAUUGCUUAAAGCUCUACGACGACACCAUUUUCCAACUCAACCGCACUCUCGAAGGACUAAACACCAAAAAGAGAUCUUGUACGGACUUCGAUGCCCAAACUUGGCUAAGCACAGCUCUAACAAACAUUGACACGUGUCGAGCCGGGUCGUUAGAGCUGAACGUAACCGAUUUCAUAAUGCCCAUUGCUUCCAGCUACAAUGUUACUGAGCUUAUAAGCAACGGUUUGGCCAUAAACGCUGGGCUUGUGGACAACAAAGAAGCCCACCAAGUCAAUGAUGAUGAUCAUGAUCAGGAAUUUCCUAGUUGGCUUUCGGAGACUGAAAGACGGCGGUUGUUGAAGGCCUCGCCGUCGGCGAUAAAAGCUAACCUUGUGGUGGCUAAAGACGGUUCUGGACAUUACCGGACAGUUCAGGGGGCCCUAAACGCUGCAGCGAGGAGGAGAGUUGGUACUAGAUUUGUUAUUCACGUGAAAACAGGUAUAUAUAGGGAAAAUAUUGAGGUUGGUAUUAGUAAUAAUAACAUUAUGCUCAUGGGAGAUGGCUUGAGAAAGACGAUUAUCACCAGUAGCCGUAGUGUCAAUGCUGGAUACACCACUUAUAGUUCUGCCACUGCAGGCAUUGAUGGGCUUCGAUUCAUUGCUCGUGGGAUCACAUUCCAAAACACAGCAGGCCCACAAAAGGGCCAAGCUGUGGCCCUCAGAUCAGCCUCAGAUCUCUCAGUCUUCUAUCGAUGUUCCUUCAUGGGGUACCAAGACACUCUUAUGGUCCACUCUCAAAGACAGUUCUAUAAAGAAUGUUACAUUUAUGGGACCAUAGAUUUCAUCUUUGGUAACGCAGCAGUGGUCUUCCAGAACUGCAUAAUCUACGUUAGAAGACCCUUAAAGGGCCAAGUCAACGUAAUCACGGCCCAAGGACGUAACGACCCAUAUCAAAGCACAGCAAUUUCAAUCCAUAAUUCUCAAGUACGGGCUGCCCCUGAUCUCUUGCCCGUGGUUAGGGCCUUCAAGACUUUCUUGGGCCGACCCUGGAAGCAGUACUCUAGAACCAUUUUCCUCAAGUGUUUUUUGGACAAUGUAAUUAGCCCAGCGGGCUGGUUGGAGUGGAAUAGAUCCCCCUUUGCUCUUAAAACGUUGUAUUAUGGAGAGUUUAAGAAUUUUGGACCAGCUUCAUCUACAAGACACAGAGUCCGGUGGCCUGGUUUUCAUGUCAUUACUAGUACAAAAGUGGCCUCACAGUUUACUGCCGGAAGUCUUAUCUCUGGCAGGUCUUGGUUACCGUCCACCGGCGUGCCAUUCACGCUCGGCCUAUGAUCAUGAAGUUAAUUAGAGGAUAUAGAUUGUUUAUUUAUUGUUCAAAUAUGUUAUUUGUAUGAAGAAAAAAAGGUAAAAACCAUAUUUAUUUGGGCUGUGAAUUGAAUUUUGUGUGUACACUAUGGUUUUCAUCUAAUCUAAUCAACACUAUUUUGAUAAA